AUGAGUAUAUUAUUCAAUCCAUCAUUUUUUGAUAUACACUUCUUUUCUUUUAUAGAUACGAUUCCUACACCAGAUAACCUUUCUCAAUGUUCACAUUUCCACAAUAACUUUAAUCAUUAUUCAAACUUUUCCAACUGUUUAUUGAAUAAUUUAAAAAUUGACUCAUAUACAACGAGUCAAAUCUAUUGUAAUGAUAGCGGUUAUGAAAGUAUUGAUAGUUUGAAUAGAGUGAAUCAGUCUAAACAAAAAAUUUCCAAAUUAAAAUUCUCAAUUGAUUCUAUCUUAUCCCAUUCACCAUCUGUGUCAUCAUCUUCAUCUUCAAUGGUACUCUUAUCAUCAUCAUCAUCAUUAUCAUUAUCACCAUCACUGCCAUCAAUGAAUAACUCUGAUAUGAGUAGUAUAUUUUUAAAAAAUAGUGAUAGUUCUACACCAUUAAUUAAAACAAACAGAACAAUUGAAUGUUUAAAUCAAUAUAAUGAACCGAAUUAUCAAUUAAGAAUGAUUAAAAAUCAAUAUUUUAUUGAUAAUGAACAAUUGUUCCCAAUGGAUUUAUCCAUUUUUAAUUGUAAAUCAUCAUCAUCAUCAUCAUCAUCAUCAUUCAUGAUGAAACAAUCAAUAAAAAAUGUGAUAAAAACAACUGGUGAACAAUAUGAUUGUCGAUAUUGUGGUAAAUCGUAUUCAGUGAAGUCAUCAAUAAGAUUACAUGAAGCAACGCAUACAUUACCAUUUCAUUGUCAAGAUUGUGGUAAACGUUUUUCACGUCCAUGGCUUCGUGAUAUACAUUAUAGAACGCAUACAGGUGAAAAACCAUAUGAAUGUACUAUAUGUGGUCGACGUUUUGCUGAUCGUUCAAAUAUGCGUGCACAUCAACGUGUUCAUAAAGAACGAGAAUAA